CCCAAUCUGGCAGCUGCUGUUCUGAGAUCCGCUGUAGACCCCACCCGCCUUGUCUCGGAGGAAGACCCUCCGUCUCCUGCUAAGCUUUCCUUUGGAUAUUCAAAGAAGCCACAAACACAAUGGUCCAUGGCCAAGGUGGCGUCAGAUUCCAGAACUGGGCUAAGACUUACGGCUCCUCUCCGGAGAUGUAUUUUCAGCCAACCACGGUGGAUGAGAUCAAGGAGAUCUUGGAUCUGGCCAGGCAGAAGAGCAAGAAGGUGAAAGUGGUCGGAGGUGGACAUUCCCCUUCGGACAUUGCCUGCACGGAUGACUACAUGAUCGAGAUGGGAAGAAUGAACAAGGUGCUCAAGGUGGACAAAGAGAAGAAGCAAGUGACAGCCGAGGCUGGGAUCCUUCUCUCUGAUUUGAACGCUGAGUUGAGCAAACACGGCUUGGCUUUGCCCAUUCUAGGAGCCGUUUCGGAUGUGACAGCCGCUGGCGUCGUUGGCACAGGAACUCACAACACGGGGCUCAGGCAUGGCAUUUUGGCGACACAGGUGGUAGCCUUGACGCUGUUGACGGCUUCUGGGGAAACGCUGGAGUGCUCCGAAUCUGUGAAUACUGAGCUGUACCGGGCAGCCUGCGUCCACCUGGGCUGUUUGGGCAUCAUCCUGACCAUCACCUUCCAGUGCGUGCCAGAGUUCUACCUGCAAGAGACGAACUUCCCAUCAACGCUCAAAGAGGUCCUGGACAACCUAGACAGCCACCUGAAGAAAUCCGAGUAUUUCCGUUUCCUUUGGUUCCCUCACACGGAGAACGUGAGCAUCAUCUACCAGGACCACACCAACAAGCCUCCCACUUCCUCUGCCAGCUGGUUUUGGGACUACGUGAUUGGAUACUACCUGCUAGAGUUCCUCCUUUGGGUCAGCACAUUCCUGCCCUGCCUGGUUCCCUGGAUCAACCGCUUCUUCUUCUGGCUCCUCUUCUCCGGCAAAGUGGAGAACGUCAACUUGAGCUACAAGAUAUUCAACUACGAGUGCCGCUUCAAACAGCAUGUGCAGGAUUGGGCCAUCCCCAUUGAGAAAACAAAGGAGGCUCUCCUGGAGCUGAAGGGGGUUCUGGAAAGCAACCCCAAAGUGGUGGCCCACUACCCAGUGGAAGUGCGCUUCACCCGGGGAGACGACAUCUUGCUGAGCCCCUGCUUCCAGAGGGACAGUUGCUACAUGAAUAUCAUCAUGUACAGGCCCUAUGGGAAAGAUGUCCCGCGCCUUGACUACUGGCUCGCCUACGAGAGCAUCAUGAAGAAGGUUGGAGGGAGACCUCACUGGGCAAAGGCCCACACGUGCACUCGGAGGGACUUUGAGAAGAUGUACCCUGGCUUUCAGGAGUUCUGCUCCAUCCGGGAGAAGCUGGACCCCAGAGGAAUGUUCCUGAAUGCCUACCUGGAGAAGGUCUUCUACUGAGAAGUUGCUGGCGGUGGAAGAACCUCUUGUAUGGGCAGUGCUUCCUAAAGUGGUUGGUAGUAGCACCCU